AUGCCCACGGACAUCGGGAAAGACGUGGUUGAUGGUUCUACUUUCAGCCAAGCCUUGUUUAAUGAUGAAGAAAUUGUGAAGAUUCGAAAAGCUGUCAUUAAGACGGAGUUUAUCAAAGGGAUGGUUAAGGCAACUCUCAACGCAAAUCAUUAUGGAGGCUAUAUGGUGCAAGAUGCUGCCUACUGCUUUGAUGCUGUGGAAGUGUUUGAAGCGGCUGCUAAGGAAAUGAAAGAAAAAGGAAUGAUUGAAUUUUCAGAGAUCUACCAGUCACAGUCAACGAGUUUGAAGGAAUACAAUGAGGAAUUUGCUACGACCUGGCAUCUACAGAAUGCCAAAAGCAUAGUUAAGGGUCCUGCAGCAAAGGCCUACCUGAAAUUUGAGAGGAAAGUAAGCCGUGAAUGUCCCAAGUUCCUAGCCAUUGCCAUGUUACCAUGCCAUAUGCUUUGGCCGUGGAUUGCCAAUCAGCUCAUUGAUUUUGUUGCCGAGUGGAAUCCGUACUACAAAGGCUGGUUUGAAGAGAACAAGACCGAUCCAAAUCACAAAGGUCACCUGGAAAAGUUUGUUGAUCAUCAUUUCGCUGAUUUCGUCCCUGAGGAAAAGAAGGCUCUUGAUAUCUUCCGCAAGGGAAUGAUUCACGAGUUAAAUUUUUUUCGAGAAGCUUGUAAGGAAAACCGUUUCGACUAUGACUUUUUCUCUAAGUGA